AUGUCUUUUUUGAAAAAUAUCUUCAGUUCCUCUCUCUUUACUCCGAUUGCAGCAGAAGCGGAAGCUUCGGACAUUCCUAAUCGUAAAGAAUUCAAUGAACAAGUCCCUUCUAAGAAAGAUUUUGAUACCCAGAAUCCAGAGGAUUCUCCCAUGGAAACCACUAAGUCUAGGGUCGCUCGGGAAGAAAACUUGAAAUUGAAGGAUCAAGAACAAAUGACCAAUGUGGAAGAAUCCAAACAAAGUGUUAUCUCUGGUAACGAACAAAAGGAGGAACCAAAAGAAACUCCUCAAGAAGAAGAAGAACAAAAGCCUUCCGAGGAAGCCCCCCAAGAAGUUGCCGAGACCAGCCAACCUCAACCUGAACAGGGUGAGCAAGAGCAAGAACAACCCGAGCAAGAACAAGAACAAGAACAACCUGAGGAAGAAGAAGAAGAAGAGGAAGAAGAACUUGUUGAUCCUUUGGAUACCAAGAUUGAAGAAUGUAAGGAGGCUCCCGUGUGCCAUGAAGCUAAGCACCAUUUCGAUGAAUGUACUACCCGUGUCACAGAAAAAUUGGAAAAGGGUGACAACUCUGAAGACUGUUUAGAAGAAUUCUUCCACCUUUACCACUGUGCUCGUGAUUGUGCUGAUCCCCAGAUUUUCAAGCAGCUUGUUUAA